UCUGGUCUUUGCAAAACUCUAGUUGUAAAUAAACAAAUAAUCAGAAUAGUCGCAAGAAGAAGUACACCUCAUUUCAUUCAGGUUUCAAGCUCAAUUUGAAAAGUAACGAUGGAGAAAUACUUCAGUAGAGAGUUUCAGCUUACAUCGAACGACGUAAAUCUUGAAAUUCUUCAACACACCGUAGGCGAUGUUGGUUGUGUGGUUUGGGAUGCAGCCCUUGUGUUAGGAGCCUACCUAGAUCAUAUGAACCAGACUAGGCAAAUCCCAGUGAAAAGUCGCAGGAUACUGGAACUAGGUUCUGGCACAGGCUUUGUUGGUUUGGUUGCUGCAGCCCUUGGGGGUGAUUGCUUGAUGACGGACUUACCUGAAAUGGUUCCUCUAAUAAAGAGGAAUCUUCUCAAAAAUACUCCAUUGUUGCAAGGAGCAGGUAGUGCCAAAGCUUUUGAGUGGGGCUCUGAUAUAUCGGGUCUAGUUUCUCGUACUGAUAAAGGCUUUGAUAUUGUGCUAGCUGCAGAUUGUAUAUAUUAUAAAGAGUCUUUGAAUGCCUUCAUUAAAACCAUUGAAGAUCUCAGUACCCAUCCCAAUGGAGGUAGAAAAACGGAUAUCUACAUUUCUUAUGAAGAAAGGGAAAGUGAAGAAAAGAAAACGUUAAUCGCCGAUUUCUUCGAAAAAAUAAAGAAAACUUGUUGUGUUUCCAAAGUACCUUAUGAAUAUUAUCGUAAUGAUUUUAGAUGUGAAGAUAUACACAUUUUUAAAAUAACUUCCUUGGAAAUGUGAUUUAAAAAUACAUCUACAAAGUUC